GAUAUUGUUGGAACUGGUGGUGAUGGGUUUAAUACUUUUAAUGUUUCCACUGCUUCUGCUAUUGUAGCUGCAGGUGCUGGUCUGAAGAUUUGUAAGCACGGCAAUCGAGCUUCAUCAUCUUCUACAGGUUCAGCAGACUUGAUCAUCGCACAAGGAAUCCCAUUACCAACCUUAUCAAACGAAGAUAUAAGUAAAAUCUUAUCAACCUCCAAUCCACCCAACUUUACAUUCCUAUUCUCGCCUAGUUUUUAUCCAAUCUUUAAAACUUUAAGUCCAUUACGAAAAUCAUUAGGAUUCCCAACAAUCUUCAAUUUAUUAGGUCCACUUUUGAAUCCAAGUAAACCGAAUCGAAUUUUAAUUGGAGUUUCUAAACCUCAACUCGGACCGAUCAUUUCAUCUACUUUAGUCAAUUUGAAGAUUUAUCCUUCUUGGGUUGUUUGUGGUCAAGAAGGAUUAGAUGAAAUCAGUCCUUCUGGUCCUACUCAAGUUUGGAAAGUUGAUCAGAAUGGGAUCAUCACUGAAUCGGUUAUUGAACCAUUGAAAGAUUUCGGGAUUCAAACUCAUUCACUUCAAGAUGUGAUCGGAGGUCAAGCUGAUGAAAAUUCAAGUUUAUUAAACGAUUUAUUGAAUAAUCAAAUCGAUUCUAAUAGAUUAAUUGCUAUUAAAGAUUUUGUUUUGUUAAACUCGGCUGCUCUUUUGGUUAUUGGGGGUAAAGCUUUGGAUCUUCAAGAAGGGGUUUCUUUGGCCAAGAUUAGUUUAGAAUCUGGUAAUGCUAAAUUAGCUUUGCAUGAUUUUAAAACUUCUGUUUUAAAUUUAUCAACAGUCUAAUUCUUGUAAAUCAAUUGGAGUUCGCAUUUGUCAUUCAAAUUUGUUUCGUUAUGCAAGGCAAAGUUGAUUUUUUUUAGAAAU